AGCCGGUGACCCGGAAGUAGCGGCGGAGCGGGCGUGAUGGCGGCGGCGAGGGCCCGGGCGGCGGCGGCGGUGCUGGAGGCGACAGCGGUGCCGCAGGACGUGGUGUUGUUCCGACACGAACGGGGACGUUUCUUCCGCCUGGCAGGGUGGUUCUGCGCGGGGCAGGGUCUCUUUUGGGCCUACCUAGCUCAUUUUGCCUUCACGGCGCUUCGCCCGCCUCCCGGUCCCGCUCCCGGUGUCGGUCCUGACGAUCCGCUUCGGCCCCGCGACCAUAAAUGGCGUUUGGGCUUCACCACUUCGUGCCUCACCCUCGGCUCUCUGAUCGUGGCGGCCGGUUGCCUGUUCCCACUACGUGCCGUCCGCCGGGUGACGCUGCUGCGGGGUGGCACGGAGGUGGCCAUCAGCACCCACGGACCUCUGGGGCUGGGUCAGGGACCCACCUUCACCGUCCCGUUACGCCACAUCUCCUGCCGAGCUCACCGCUCCGAGGUGCCGGCCGCCAUCCCCCUCAAGGUGAAGGGGCGACCCUUCUUCUUUCUGCUGGACAAACGGGGGCAACUCUGCAACCCCCGACUCUUCGACGUCACCGUCGGCGCCUACCGCAAGCUCUAGGACGUGAUGGGUGGCCGGGACCGUCUGCCCUUUGUCGCUGCCUAAUAAACCGUGAGCCGCCCC